UCGUCUUUCUUGUUUAGUUGUAGCGUCUUUCUGAUCGUCGUACCUCAGUGAGCGUUACCGUCGUCUUCGGUUUAUCUUUACUAAACAUUCAGGUGUUUAUUUCCUUUGUGUCUAGUGUAUUGAAGCAUUUGGCAGACGCCGUUGUGUGUUUAUAAUUGUCAGAAUGAAUAAUACAUGAAACUACGGUCAUUUUCUGUCCAUCUUCAAUUAACACACAACUGCAGAUUUCUUUUCACUGCGCAUCUGUGAAGGUACGAGAGUUUGAGGCUGAAAAGUAAUAAAGACGAAGUGGUGAAUACGAUAAUCUGGCAACGCUGAUCCCAGGUCUACAGGAGAAGCGGUCCACCAGGCAGCCCAGGACCAUGAAAGCCUCCACCUCGACGCCCCUGUUGCUGGUGGCACUGGCGGCGGUGUCGGUCCUCGUUCCAGGCCUACCGGGGCGGCUGUGGCGGGGCUCCGAGGCGUUCCUGCAGGCGGGCUACGACAAGGUGCUGGAGGCGUGUGGACAAGAUGGCUCAUUCGCCUUCUCUCACGGGACCUCGGUGGUGGGCUACUUAACGUUCUGGGUGGUGGGCGGUCUCUUCACCCUCGCGGACCUCAUCUCGCGCCCACACCCGCUGCGCCGCUACAAGACCCAGCCCGGCACCAACCAGCCCGUACCUAUGCGCCAGCUGCUUAAGUGCCUGGCGGUGGUGCACGUGAACCAGCUCGUGCUCGGCGUACCCUUCGUGGAGGCCUCGCGCCGCGCCAUGGUGAUGCGCGGCGCAGACUUCUCGCCCCUGCUGCCGCCCUUCUCCCGCGUCCUGCUGCACCUCGCCGUGUUCACCCUCAUCGAGGACGUGCUCUUCUACUACUUCCACAGGCUUGGCCACCACCGCCUGCUCUACAAACACGUGCACAAGCUCCAUCACGAGUGGCAGAGUCCCAUCGCCAUCACCGCCUUGUACGCCCACCCCAUCGAGCACAUCUUCGUCAACAUGGUGCCGAUCAUGGUGGGUCCGCUGCUCUUAGGCUCGCACCCCGUCACCGUCUGGCUCUGGGUCUUCCUCGCUAACCUCCUCGUACUCAUCCAUCACAGCGGCUACCACCUGCCCUUCCUACCCUCGCCGCAGUUCCACGACUUCCACCAUCUUAAGUUCACGGGUUGCUAUGGUGUGCUGGGAGUGCUGGAUCGCCUACACGGGACAGACAAGCAGUUCCGCGCCGCCUUGGGCCACCACAGGGAUCACGUCUUCUUCAGCCUAGAGCCUCCUCACUCGCUUAGCCCCAUCAGUGUCAUGGAAAAGGCUCGGAAGAAGGAGUGAUGAGAGGCUGUGUGCGUGUGUGUGUGUUGUAUGGGAUAUGUGACUUGAGUAUACGGGUUAUUGAAGGGAUAUUAUAGCUAGUAGUUGUGUGUAGUAGUAUCUCUAUAUAAUUAUGGAGUCUUCUUUUGUUUUUUUUCUUCUUUUUUUUCUUUUCUUUUGUCUUUUCUUUGUUUUCUUCUUUUUCUUUAUUUUUACUUCUUCUUCUUCUACUUCUUCAUUUUUUCAUUUUCGUCUUGUUUCCUUUUUCUUUUCUUCUACUUCUUUUUUUCCUUUUCUUUUUUGUCUUGUUUUCUUUUUCUUGUUUUCUUUUUCUUUUCUUCUUCUUCUUCUACUUCUUCCUCGUUUAUCAUCCUUAUUUUCCCUUAAGGAGUUGGGCCUUGUCAAACUAUCACUAGACCCAUAUAACUACUCAUGGAAAUACUCACACCACAACCUCUACCAAAACCUUAUCAAAUGUUUGGGAAUAUGGGACUACAGUCUGUUCACUUAAAUCCGACCCAAGCUGACAACAUAAACCUAAGCGUGUUUGCAAGCUGAGUGCUGAUUGGCUGCUGCUGUGGCUUCCAAGUUUUCUUUAACCUCUGUUUGUGUUUAUCUCACGCAGCACUUUCUGGUAUUCUGCACUGUGCUUACGAACACGCUUAGGUUUUUGUUGUCAGCUUGGGUCGGACUUAAGUGAACAGACUAUAGGAACUAGUCUCGUACCUCAUAGGAAAGCAUCUGUGAAUCACCCUUAGAACGAUUUAACUUUUUAUUCUCAGUUAGUUUAUUGGUGUUCUUAGUUUACCUUAAUAGGAAAAAUAUGGUUGUUAUUGUAUAUGUAUUUUGAGGACUCUGUGAUGUGGUAAGCUUAAGAAAUUUAUAUAGAAGCCAUCAUAACAAGUGCUUUUCAAUCAUCCUUAGAAUAUUGGAGAAUCAACAACCUUAAGAUAUGCAGUAAUACGAGUUAACAAAAAGGUAAGAAAUCGGUAUAUAUAGGGAAGCGUUAUCAGAAUAGUAGCAAGAAAUCAAUAUGUCUGAAAAGGAAGUUAUCGAAAACGUAACAGAUCAAUACAUAGAGGAGAAUGUUAUUGAAAAUGUAACAAGGAAUCAAUAUAUAAAAGAAAAAUGCAGCAAAAAUAAGUAACAAGAAACCAAAAUGUCUGAGAAAACGUUAUCGAAAAUGUCGAAAACGUAACAAAUCAAUAUAUAGAGGAAAAUGUUAUUGAAAAUGUAGCAAGGAAUCAAUAUAUACAAGAAAAAAGUAGCAAAAAUAACUAACAAGAAACCAAAAUGUCUGAGAAAACGUUAUUGAAAAUGUCGAAAACGUAACAGAUCAAUAUAAAGAGGAAAAUGUUAUUGAAAAUGUAACAAGGAAUCAAUAUAUACAAGAAAAAAGUAGCAAAAAUAAGUAACAAGAAACCAAAAUGUCUGAGAAAACGUUAUUGAAAAUGUCGAAAACGUAACAAAUCAAUAUAAAGAGGAAAAUGUUAUUGAAAAUGUAACAAGGAAUCAAUAUAUAAAAGAAAAAUGCAGCAAAAA